AUGACUGACCCCGUGACGACUGACCCCGUGGCGACUCACCCCGUGACGACUGACCCCGUGACGACUGACUCCGUGACGACUCACCCCGUGACGACUGACCCCGUGACGACUCACCCCGUGGCGACUGACCCCGUGACGACCGACCCCGUGACGACUGACCCCGUGAUGACUGACCCCGUGACGACUGACCCCGUGACGACUGACCCCGUGAUGACUGACCCCGUGAUGACUGACCCCGUGACGACUCACCCCGUGAUGACUGACCCCGUGACGACUGACCCCGUGAUGACUGACCCCGUGACGACUGACCCCGUGAUGACUGACCCCGUGACGACUGACCCCGUGACGCCUGACCCCGUGACGACUGACCCCGUGACGACUGACCCCGUGAUGACUGACCCCGUGACGCCUGACCCCGUGACGCUGACCCCGUGA